GUUUAUAUAACAGGGAGGAAACAUCGAGCUCGUUGUCUUGUUGUGGUGAACUCUUGUUACUGGACAAUAUGUGGAAGAUUAUCCUCCCGCUUCUAGCGACGGUUUUCGCCGUCGGGUCAGCAUCUUUGGUCGGGGGGUUUCGAGAUACAGAUAUCAACAACGACCAAGGGGCUCAAGAGGCCCUCAACUUCUCCGUCAUCCAACACAACAGGGGCACCAACGACCUGUACCUCAGACAGGUGACAGAGGUGGUCAAGGUUGAGAAACAGAUGGUUGCUGGCAUCAAGUACAUCAUCACUGUGAAAAUGGCCAGGACCUCCUGCAGAAGGGACAGGAUAAAUGAAGAGUGCAGCGUCCACCAAUCACCAGCACAGGCUCAGCCUUACCAGUGCGAAUUCACAGUGUGGAGCAAACCAUGGGAGAAUUUCAUCACGGUGCUGAAGGAGAACUGCCAGAAAGAGAACAACACGGGAAAUCUUUAGUGGUGGCAUUGUUUGCAGAAUAACCUUCAUACAGAGCAACAUGUAUUUUCCUGUAGACAAACUACAAAAGUAUUAACAUAUUCACUUUUUGCCUAUGUUACUUUCACUGUAUGCUAGACUGGAUAACAGUGGUCACAGUGUUUCAGAAUAACCUAUACACUGUAGCAAUGUAGAGGUUCAUUUACUUUUAAAGGAGCACCUCUGCAAUGCGUAAGCACUACACCUAGCAACUAACAAAUAAAUGUACCGAAUUGUUGAUUAGAGUAUUAAACACGCUGCUUUUUGAAAUAAAAUGAAAAUUAAAGUAACAUGAUUUUAAAUGAACGUGUCCAUGUGGUAAAUGCAUAUGGGUAUUAAAAUUUUCUAUCGCAA